ACGCAGGCACAAAGCUAAGACCCCAAAAAAGCACACUCUCUUGUCCUUUUUCCUUCUUUCCUUUUUUUGACUUUUCUUUGGGUUUACUCAUUCCCUUAACUCUCGGCAUCAUUUGAGGACCCAGAGCUUGUUCUGAGUUCAUUACUCUGCGGUGGACUUCAUAGCGUCGGAUAUUAAGUUCCCACUAGAUGUUGUGGUAAUGAGAGCGGUGAAGAUUUUUCAGUCGGUGAGCUUAAAGUAAAAGAAGUGGUGAAGAUUUUUCUGUACUAGUUAGUUCAAUUGAAUGAUUGGAUCUCUUUUUGGGGCUGUACAAGACUUCUUAGGAUGGUAUUGUGCCCACACUGAGUGAAGGGUGGGGGGGGAUUUGGUUAAGUUAGUGAAAUUUGAGAAUACAUAAAGAGGUGGUGUUGAUAAUUUGUUCUGCUGUUAAACGAGAUGGAGGAAAGAAGGUUGAAUUUUAAUGCACCACUUUUGUCAGUGAGGCGAUUUGCUACAUCAGUAGCAUCUUCAGAGGGGAAGAAUGGGAAGAGAAUUGAGGAUUCACGGCUCAACAGACGAUAUACGAUACCAUUUUAUAAGUCAGACUUGAGUUUGGAGCAGGUGACAGAACCAGUUGCAGUUCCAUUUUUGUGGGAGCAGACCCCUGGACAACCAAAGGAUGGUGGACCUGAGACUCAACAACUUGAGGAGGCUUCUGUUACUCCAAGACUUCCACCGCAGAGAAAUCUGGAUAUUAUAAAGUAUCCUUCGGAGAAAGAAGUUGAAGAUAGGCCAAAAAUUGAGUCCUGUUCUUUGAUUGACAGUGUGACUAGAUAUGAUUGCUCAAAAGAGGAAAAUGAGGAGAAGGAGAAGUUAUAUUUGGAGGAUCAUGAUGAAAUUUAUUCUGAUGCACUUGAUGCACUUUCUCCAACUGAUUCAUUCUCCAUGAAUUGCAGUGUCAGUGGUGUAAGCGGGUCUGAUGGUCAGGUUAUAAAUCUGUCAGGAACCUUUUCUACGGACUCACAAACUCGAGAUUUCAUGAUGAGUCGUUUCUUACCUGCAGCCAAGGCAAUGGCUUUAGAACCACCUCACUAUGCUUCAAGGAGGCAACCUAUAGCAGUUGAGCAACCAAGACAGGUUCUGAAGUUGGUUCCUGAAGAUAGGAAGUCUCCUGUAAAUGAGUCUAUUGUCAUACAGCAUUAUGGUGAAGAUGCAGUCGCAGAUGAAGAAGAAAGUGAAGAUGAAGUUGAUGAUUCUGGCAAUCUGUCAAGCAGAGGUUGUGGUUUGUUUCCACGGUUAUGCUUAAAUAAGUCUUUUUGUCUCUUAAAUCCAGUUCCGGGUUUGAAGGUCAGAACCCACUCUUCAAUGUCUUCAACCUCUGAAGUCAGAAAGUCAGGCAAAGCAACGUAUGCUGAAUCUCACGGGCAAACUAUCAACAAGCAUUUCAGAGAUUCGGUAUAUAAGCAUCCGUUAGAUGCUGGAGUUCAAUCACCAAAGCUAAUAUUGGGGAUUGAGAAUAAAAUGAUCAAUGGUUCCAAUCGGUUUUCUUGCUCAAAUGAGCAGCCGAUGUCAAAUAGGUCAUCUCCCUGCAGGCGUGGAAUUUCCCCCUACCGAAAUGAAAGACCUCCGUCUCCCUUUCGUGGAGUGGGGUUUCUUGGUGUUCCUAAAGAAGCUGAGAAUACCAGAGCAAGUAGGUUUAAUUUGUCGGACAAAUCUAGUAGUAAGUCUCAUGAAUUGUUUACAAAUAGACUGAAUUUGCAUACGAAAGCUAGUAGCAAGUCUCAGGAAUUAUUUCCCCAUCAGAGUUCUAAAACAAGGGCAGGCUCACUGAGCCCUGCAGUUGAGAAGACACUCUAUGUAGAUACUGUAAAAUUUGCCAAAAUAUCGAGUUCGAAUUCAAUUUCCUCAGAUAACAAGGGGCUAAUGGACCCAGUGCGCGAGAGUUUUGAAACCUCAAUGCGAAGAAGAGGGAUGGAAGAAACUACUAGGAUGGAGUCUUCUUUACAAGAUGUUAAGUGCCUUAAUAUUGCCAAGGGAGGGAGCAUAUCAGAAACCAAAAUCCUGGGUUCCAUAAAAGCCAAUCGGUCUUCUUUCUCAGGAAGAUUGCACCGUGGAGGUGCAGCAGAUAUGGUGGAGUGCUUUGGACCAGAUGAAGAACUCAAUCAGGAAUGCAAGUCUUUGGAACUUGUAAAAGUUGUUGAUGAUGGAAAUCUAAACAGUAGCAAGGAUCGGAAUUUAGAGAAAGAUUAUCCAGAAUGUUUUAACAGUGGUUUCGAGCAGUCGCCUCUUCCUCCACCACUACCACAAAAACCUUCCGAAUCCUGGCUUUGGCGUACUCUGCCUUCAAUGUCCUCACAAAAUUCCUUUUCGGCUUCAUAUCACAGCAGAUUUCAUCCUAAAAGGCAGGAUUCUUAUACCAGUACUAAGUGGGAAACAAUUGUAAAAACGUCCUAUUCACAUCAUGAUCACAAACGUUACUCAGAGGAAUUAACAGCCCACUUUUCACAGCAAACGAUAACAUGAAGUUUGAAGAUCCUCAUCAAAGUCCUUGGAUUACUGAUCUGUUAAAUCCUUCCAGUGAUUAUUUUUUCUCCCGGAAGGUUAUUUUCCUAUUGCUUCUUCCUCUGUAUACUAGACCAGUGGUAUUGGUGUGCCCGGUUUCAGUAACCGUAUUAAACUUCGUAAGUCUGUGUGUGAAUGUCUUCUGCAUUAGUGUGUGCUAAUUCAGUCAGGUCAUAUUCAAUUUCUUGGAAUGGUCAUAAAUCUUUGAAGAUCAGUUCUCAAACAUUGAUCUUCCUUUAUACUUUGUCCGCUCUGGAAAUGAAUUCCGAUACAGAUUCCUGAACA